AUGGUUAUACUUGAACGACGUAACAUCCUACCAGAACAUCAAGCUGGCUUCCGACCUCGACAAAGCACCCUAAACAACAUCAUAAGGUUAACAAAAUAUGCACAAAAUCAUCUGCAUUCAACUGGUCGUCGACGUCAUGCAACUGUUAUAUUAUUUGAUAUAAAAGCUGCCUUUGAUUCUGUCUGGCACGAUGGACUAAUAUAUAAAUUAAAUGAAUUACGUUUACCACAAUACUUAACAAAUUGCCUCAUUUCUUUUGUACAAAAUAGAACUGCUGCAAUCGAAAUUGAAAACACACUAUCCAGACCAUUUAACCUUAAUAGCGGUACUCCACAAGGAUCUCCAUUAUCACCAUUACUUUACAUUAUAUACACGGCAGAUUCAAUGAAUGGAAUACCGGAACACACGGAACAUGGUCUAUUUGCCGAUGACACUACUCUAUGGACAUCAUCAAACACAACAACAAGCCUUAGCUCCAGAUUACAACAAUCCAUAGAUGCAUUCCAAAGCUGGUGCAAAUCAUGGAAACUUAAAUUACAGCCUACAAAAACCGAACUAGUCCAUUUUACUGUACAUCCAAGGAAAUAA